AUGGAUAUGGGGCUGAGGGCUGGGGGGCUGGGAAUCCAUAUAAUUCGUAAUUCGCCCCGUUCCAAAAUCCUCUCGUCACAGCCUAUCACUUGUCCAAAACCUGCUCCAUCUGGCAACCAACUCACCAGUCAGUGCCAGUCAGUGCCAGUUCACCCAGUUCACCCAGUCCCCGUCUCUCCAAUCGCCUGCUGCCAAUCCUCCAGAUUCCCAGCGAACCCUUGGAAGUUCUCUGGCUGUUCUGGUCACGUUGGGACGCUCCGAUUUGCCCGUCUUCCUGCCGCUGUCACCGACGGUGUCUGCCUGCGCGUCUAUUUCUUCCACUUCCGUUGUCCUGAGAGUUCUUGCUUGCGUUAUUGCCACGAAACGCCACUGCUGCCACUGCCCCAAGGACCAUUGUUCAUAUCCAUUGCUCUUGCGACAAAAGCUCUUGUGUCCCGAGUCCAGUUUCUGCGUCGCCAAACUCCCCCUCUUUUCUCCCAACGUUCCACUCGCCGCUUGGUUCUGGAUCUGACAUCAGAAUCGAAGCUUCAAUACUCCCCAUUUCACUCUCAUCCCCCCUCGCCUGCCCAGUUAGCUCCCUUGGGUUCUUUUGAUCUUGCAGCCUCGACUUGGUCCGACUUGGCGGUUCCGGCAACCCUCAUCUGCCCCAGAAAUUACCCGGUUCCAGUGACCAGCCUUGGGCACCGCCUCAGAUCGGACCUACGACGUGGCAAGACGCUAGCUGAUAUCCCCAUUCCCAUCCCCCGCCUCUCUCAGGCUCGCCCGUCGACCUUCGUUCCGGGUCCAAUUAUUUGCUGA